CCUCUCUUUUUUCCCCCACAAUAGCUUUGAGUUUUGUCACAAGCACCACCUAACCGCCGUCUAACAUGAAGCUUGCCACCGGAAUUGUAAGGCCAUGCAAUAUGUUGCAAGGCUCAAGCCACCACCUGGUGAACUCAACUCAAUGUUCCACCACCUCCACCUCCACCUCCACCAUAUCUCAAUCACAAAAUUCCUGCACCAAAUUGAGAAUUGCAAACUCGUGGAACCCAAAGGGAAGGCAUAAUUCUGGGCAGUCUCUAGCUUUCAAAACUUCGAAACUCCGGGAUAAAUGGACGGAGUUUCAAGGAAUCAAGAACUGGGAAGGAUUACUCGAUCCUCUCGACAAUAACCUACGCAAUGAGAUUCUUCGAUACGGCGAAUUUGUCGAGGCAGCUUAUCGUUGUUUCGACUUUGACACAUCCUCUCCAGGUUAUGCAACUUGCCUUUAUCCCAAAAGCUCAAUGCUAGACCAAUGCGGGUUCUGCAGGACUGGGUACAAAGUGACCAAAAGUCUCCAUGCCACAUGUGGAGUACAACUUCCCCAAUAUUGUAGUGAGAGAUUACCAAAUUGGGUGUCCACUCAAUCGAGCUGGAUUGGAUACGUUGCAGUAUGCAAUGACAAGAACGAAAUAGCCCGGCUGGGCCGCCGGGACGUGGUGGUGGCAUAUCGUGGAACCGCCACAUCCAUGGAGUGGCUAGAAAAUCUCCGGGCAACCUUAACUUGUCUUCCAAGUGAUAUGGCUCCUGAUAAUUGUGAAUCAAUGGUACAAAGUGGAUUCUUGAGCUUGUACACAUCGAGUACCGGUUCACGUCCAAGUUUACAAGAAAUAAUUAGAGAUGAAAUCAGCAAAAUCCUACAAAAAUAUGCUGAUGAGCCCUUGAGUAUAACUGUCACAGGUCACAGUCUUGGAGCAGCUUUAGCUACAUUAUCUGCUCAUGACAUUACCACAACUUUCAAGCAAGCACCUCUGGUGACUGUUGUUUCAUUUGGAGGCCCUCGAGUUGGGAACAGAAAUUUUCGAUGCCAACUAGAGAAAAAUGGUACAAAAGUCCUAAGAAUUGUGAAUUCUGAUGAUCCCAUAACUAAAGUUCCAGGUUUUGUUUUCGAGGAUAAUAAGGAAAUGGCUAGAAAUGGUGACGUACAAAUGGCAGGUGGGCUCUCAGAGUGGCUGCAAAAGAGGGUUGAAGACACCCAAUGGGUUUAUGCUGAGAUAGGCAAUGAGCUUCGUCUUAGUAGCAAAGAUUGCCCUCAAAUCAACAAUCGAAACAUGGCCUCGUGUCACGAUCUCAAGACAUAUCUCCAUUUGGUAGACAAUUUUGUGAGUUCAAAUUGUCCUCUGAGAGCCACAGCCAAGAGGGUUCUAAAUAGAUCACAAAAUACAGCUUUAGUUUAAUUAGAUGUAUAUAAAGAGUGUUAGGCCUUUCUUCUUCCUUUUUCCCCCUUUCAAUUUGCAUGUGUGUUGAUCACUAAUUGUACAUAGAGGGUCAGAUAAAAAGCACAUUCAUGCCAUGGAAAGAGUUCAAAGGAAGAUGGCCAUUGCCUUUAUGUAGAAGCCCUCUCUUUAUUUUAUGAUGA